AUGGCCCCGUCAACUCCCUCCUCACUCACCCUCUUCCUCUUCCUCCUCGCCCUCCGUCUCCUCAACGCCCUCUCCCUCUCCACCUUCUUCCAACCAGAUGAGUUCUUUCAGUCUCUCGAGCCCGCCUACCAGAUUGCCUUUGGUGACAAUCAGGGCGCCUGGAUUACCUGGGAAUGGAGACAUCAGCUGAGAUCCUCGCUGCACCCGCUGCUUUUUGCCACCGUCUAUAAACUCGCCGACCUUUUUGCGCGUCUCCUCCACCUCUCUUCUCCCGUUCGUGCCGACUUUCUUGUCGCCGCGCCGAAAACCGCACAGGCCCUCAUCGCGACCAUCGGGGACUUUUAUACCUGGAAACUGGCUCGGCUGGUUCCUUGGCAAUGGUUCUGCUCCACCCGGACGCUGUCGAAUUGCCUCGAAACCUCAAUCACCGUUGUCGCCUUGUAUUUGUGGCCAUGGGAGUGGUCUGUCAGAACCGCGUCCAACUCUCGGACGGACGGCGACAGACGUCUGUUUAAUCGACUCCGCCAAUGUCUCUGUCUAGCAGCACUAGCUUGUAUCUUGCGCCCUACCAACAUCCUUAUCUGGGUGACGCUCGCCAGCGUCGCAUGGGUACGAAGUGGCUGGUCGCAAAAGAAAACACUCUGUCGCGAAGUGCUCCUCUGCGGGUCUUCCAUUCUGGGCAUUUCGGCCCUUGCCGAUCGCUUCUACUACAGUGUCUGGACAUUUCCACCUCUCAAGUUUCUCUACUUCAACCUGGCUCAGUCUUUAGCCGUGUUUUACGGACGCAAUGACUGGCAUUACUACCUGUCUCAGGGAUACCCGCUUCUCCUCACGACAGCCCUCCCCUUCACUCUCGUGGGCUUGUAUCCCGUCUUGGCCCGGACGCCGCCCUCCACGAAUAGCAAAUCCAGUCAAAUACAGCGCCAGCUAGCUGGAAUCUGUUUGUUCAUGCCAUUAGUGCUCUCCCUCAUCUCGCACAAGGAACUCCCGCUUCAUCUACCCGUUGUUGCCUGCGCUACAUGUCCUGACUGCCCCCUCCGUUGGUGGACUUCUUCCUCCCCCGCGGUGUCCGCUCUCGAAAUGGGGCAUACACCCCCGCGACGACUGACGCUUGCAUUCCUUGUCCUCGUCAACGUUGUCAUCGCAGGCUACACCAGCGUAUACCAUAAUUCGGGGAUUAUCAACGUUCUCUCCUACCUCCGGCACCAACAUGAGACGCACGACCCCAUCAGCCGAUCCCCAGACCCCCUGCUUCACCCCUACGAGGCCGACGCAUCUCAAUCCGGAAUCACCGCCGGCUUCCUGAUGCCCUGCCAUAGCACCCCAUGGCGCUCUCAUAUGGUCUACCCGUCUCUCUACGCAUGGGCACUCGCCUGCGAGCCUCCCGUCGGCCUCAAUGCAACCGAAAAGGCCCUCUACGUCGACGAAGCCGACCAAUUCUACAAUGACCCCGCCCAGUUCCUCCGCGACAACAUGAGCGGCGGCCUGCGUCACAUCCCCCGCAGCCCCUCCUACGAUCUCACCCCAGAACCCUCCGCACACCACAGCCCGGCCGCCUACCAAAACGCCCUCCCGCACGAUUGGCCCGACUACCUCGUCUUCUUCGCCCAGCUCGAACCCACCCUGCAAACCCUCCUCCGCAGCUCCUCCCUACGCGGAGUGCUGGUGCACCUUUAA